AUGCCUAUCGCAAUCAACAAUACUCCUCCUCCACACCCUCAUCUCCCUAUACCUCUAGGCGAUCUCUCGGUAUGGCAAAGGUCGACCAGAGAUCACCCUCUAUUGAACGCGGGAAAGGAUGAACCGCUGCCUGAGUCUGCUGAUAUAGUUAUCAUCGGCUCCGGACUGUGCGGUGCUGUCACCGCUCAUGCCUUGCUCACUGAUGCGGACCGACCUGCAUCAGUGGUGGUUUUGGAAGCUCGGGAAAUCUGUUCCGGUGCUUCGGGUCGUAAUGCUGGCCAUUGUCGACCUGAUGAAAGUCGAGGAUUCACCGCCUUUUCAGCACUUCACGGGAAGGAAGAGGCCAAGCAUAUCUUAAAAUCCGAACGAGAUACCUUCGAAAGGGUCAACGAAUUCAUCCAGAAGACAGGGAUAGAUUGCGAAUGGACACCAAGAGAUACAUACGAUGUUAGUCUUUCGGAAGACUUUAGAGAUUAUGCAAGUAAGGCUUUGCGUGAUCUUCUCGAAUGUGGAGGGAAGCCGGAGGUGGAGGAGCUUGGACAAGAUCAAGCUGUAAAGGAAACGCGCGUCAAGAUCGCCCAAGGCGCUGUCAAGUGGUGGGCGGGUACGGUCAAUCCUGCGAAGCUCACACUCGGUAUACAUUCACUCAAUCAAUCGCUUGGCGGGUACUCUGUAUUCUCGCACGCACCAGUCCAUGCCGUUACUCAAGCGGACGACGGAGAAUCGUGGAAUGUAGAAACCCCAAGAGGAAAAGUGAAGACCAAGAAGGUGGUCUACGCCACCAAUGCUUACAGCGAUGCGCUAUUGGGAGAACUGGGAGGUUUGAUCGUACCCACUCGAGCCCAAGCCAUCAAACUGACACCUGCACCAGUGGGAUCUGAACAGUUUCCUCGUAUCGAAGGAAGCUAUUCCCUUCGAUAUCUGCCUCAACAUUUCUACUCCGUUUGCUGUCGACCAGAUAACUCUAUCACCCUUGGAACUUCCCGGAAAUGGCAUGGCAUGUCGGCAGCUACGGAGGCCUCCAUACAUAACACGGUGGAUGAUUCCUCUUAUUCGACUGAGGUCACUCAGAAUGCUGUUGAGCAAUUUGUCAAGCUUUUCCCCGAGGGUGGAUGGACGAGUGACGGUAUAGAAGAAGGAAAGGCCAAAGGUUAUGAGUAUAGUUGGACUGGAAUUAUCGGAAUGACCCCGGACUCGGUGCCUUUCAUCGGAAGUGUCCCAGGCAGGCCUGGUCAAUAUGUGGGCGCAGGAUAUAACGGUCAUGGUAUGGCACGUAUCUUCAUCUGCGCACCCGCUCUGGCAAAGCACAUCUUGACGGGAGAAUGGGAUCCAAUCAUGCCUGCGUCUUUCAGGAUCACCGAAGAGCGUUUGACCCGAUUGAGGAAAGGUCUAGACAAGGGUAAAUUGAGCAAGGAUGGAGGGUUACCCUCGCAGCUAGAUGUGUAG